UGAACAAUAAGGCAACUAUGAGUCAUGAAAUAAAAGAAUGAUGACUAGAUUAUCAGCCUCAUCCCAGUUUCUUCUUCGACUAAGCUUUAAUUUCAAGCCCUUCGUCUGUCUUCUCACCCGAACACAAAACCUUCAUGCCAUGCAGUCUUCAAACCGGCUCAAUCCUAGCCGUCUGAUUGAUUUCACGGUCAAAGAUCUGACGGUGGACAAGCUGCGGCUCAUCGAAGUUCCGGAUAACGCCACCCUAGCAGACGCCUUAAACGCCAUGGUGGCAAACCGAGUAAGAGCGGUGCCCGUGGCUGCGGUACCAGGGCAGUGGUUGGGGGCUGGAGGAUCCAUGAUAGUUGAGUCGGACAAAGAGACCGGAAGGGUAAAGAAACAGUACAUAGGAAUGGUGACAAUGCUGGAUGUUGUGGCUCACAUCGCCGGAAAUGAGGAAGAGAAUGGGCUUGAUAAGAAAAUGGCUGCUCAUGUCUCUUCUAUCAUUGGUCAUUGCCCUGAGGGUCGAAGCUUAUGGUCUCUCAACCCCAAUACCAGCAUAAUGGAUUGUAUGGAGAUUCUGAGCAAAGGAAUACACAGAGUAUUGGUUCCAUUGGACAGUAACGUAGAGAAUACCUCAGGACCAGAGUUGGUAGAGUCAGCCUCUGCUUACACAAUGCUGACUCAGAUGGAUCUAGUCUCCUUCUUCCUCGACCAAUCAUCCCAUCUCCAAGCUAUCCUCUCCUGCACUGUCACUGACCUCUCCGCUGUAAACGACAAUGUUUUAGCCAUCACUAGCCAGGCAAGAGUAAAAGAUGCAGUUAAAUGCAUGAGUAUGGCAAUGCUAAACGCCGUGCCUAUCGUUGAAGCCUCCAGCGAUGAAGAGGAUCAUACACAGCUCGUGGACGCGAAAAACCGGAGGGUGGUGGGGACUUUCUCGGCGAGUGAUCUGAAGGGAUGUAAUUUAGCCACGUUGCGUUCUUGGUUGCCAUUAAACGCGCUUGAAUUCGCCGAGAAAAUACCAAGAACCCCCUUGUUCGCAUCAGCACCUGCGAGGGAGCUCGUGACAUGUCACGUGACAUCUACCUUGGUCCAAGUGAUCCGUAUGGCCACCACGAGACGUGUACACAGAGUUUGGGUCGUGGACAAGAACGAUGGGCUUCAAGGCCUCGUUUCUCUUACUGACAUUAUCGCUGCAGUCCGAGCCGCUAUCUCUACCUCGACCUCCUAAUUUCGUCUUUCUCUUCUAUUAUUGCAAUCUACUUUUAUUUGUUUUCCUUUCAAGAACAACUUCCACACUUCUACUUCUUUUUUCUAUGUACUAGCAUGUUUUAUCAAUCUAGUUAACCCAUUAAGAAUGAUUGUUUGUUCGGAAUCAAAGCGAGGAAUAACGAGUCUUGCUGCUUGACGGAGACGCUAUCGCUCGA